UUUAUGCUUUUCUUGAAAUCUUUCAGUGGGAUGACGUCUCAUAGUGUGUCCUGUCACAUCGCCCCCUGCCCCAUCUCCUGUGUCCCUCUCAUCUGUCCAUCUGUGGGGUCCUGACGCCAGCAGAGGCUCAUGAGACGCUUUGUGUACUGUAAGGUGGUGCUGACCACCUCUCUGGUUUGGGUGCUAGUGGAUGUCUUCCUGCUGCUGUACUUCAGUGAGUGUAACAAAUGUGACAACAAGAAGGACCAUUCACUCCUGCCUGCACUCAGAGCGGUGAUGUCUCGCACCCAUGAGGCACCAGGUGAAAUGGGGAAGGCUGUGGUGAUUCCCAAAGAUGAGCAGGAGAAGAUGAAAGAGCUCUUUAAAAUCAAUCAAUUCAACCUUAUGGCCAGUGACAUGAUCGCGCUCAACAGGAGUCUGCCAGAUGUCCGGCUGGACGGCUGUAAAACCAAGACGUACCCCGAUGACCUUCCAAACACCAGCAUUGUGAUCGUGUUUCAUAAUGAAGCCUGGAGUACACUUUUGAGAACCAUACACAGCGCCAUAAACCGCUCGCCCAGACACCUGCUGCUCGAGAUACUGCUGGUGGAUGAUGCCAGCGAGAGAGAUUUUCUCAAGAAAAAAUUAGAGGACCAUGUUGUGACUCUGGAGGUUCCAGUGCGAAUUUUAAGGAUGGAGCAGCGAUCUGGUUUGAUUCGAGCGCGACUAAGAGGGGCGGCCGCCACUCGAGGACAGGUCAUCACCUUCCUGGACGCCCACUGUGAGUGCACUGUAGGGUGGCUGGAGCCACUGCUGGCCCGGAUCAAAGAGGACAGGAGGGCUGUGGUCUGUCCAAUCAUUGAUGUCAUCAGUGAUGAGACAUUCGAGUACAUGGCCGGCUCAGAUAUGACCUAUGGGGGAUUCAACUGGAAGCUCAACUUCAGAUGGUAUCCAGUUCCUCAGAGAGAGAUGGACCGACGCAAGGGGGACAGAACCCUUCCUGUUAGAACUCCCACAAUGGCAGGAGGUCUGUUCUCUAUUGACAGAACUUAUUUUGAAGAGAUUGGCACCUAUGAUUCAGGCAUGGACAUAUGGGGAGGGGAAAACCUUGAGAUGUCUUUUAGGAUCUGGCAGUGCGGAGGAUCUCUGGAGAUAGUCACGUGUUCUCAUGUAGGCCAUGUGUUCAGGAAGGCCACACCAUACAGCUUCCCUGGUGGAACUGGUCAGGUGAUCAACAAGAACAACAGACGAUUGGCUGAAGUCUGGAUGGAUGAGUUCAAAGAUUUCUUCUACAUCAUCUCACCAGGUGUGGUUCGGGUGGAUUAUGGAGAUGUUUCUUUGCGAAAGGCUUUAAGAGAAUCACUGAGGUGUAAACCCUUCUCAUGGUACCUGGAAAACAUCUACCCCGACUCUCAGAUUCCACGCAGAUACUACUCACUUGGGGAGAUCAGAAAUGUUGAGACAAAUCAGUGUGUGGAUAACAUGGGCCGGAAAGAGAAUGAAAAGGUUGGCUUCUUCAACUGUCAUGGAAUGGGCGGCAACCAGGUGUUUUCAUAUACGGCUGACAAAGAGAUUCGAACCGAUGACCUGUGUCUGGAUGCAUCGCGGCUUAAUGGACCUGUUGUUAUGCUGAAGUGCCACCACAUGAAAGGAAACCAGAUGUUUGAGUACGAUGCAGAGUAUGUUGGCAAAUGGGAGUAUGACUUUAAGCGGCUGACUCUGCUCCAUGUGAACAGUAACCAGUGUCUGGACAUGCCUUCUGAAGACGAUAAGAUGGUUCCCACUCUCAGAGACUGCAGCGGCAGGCGAUCACAGCAGUGGAUCCUGAGGAACAUGACACUGAGUGUCUGACAGAGCCGGCAACAACCAGUUCAUACUUAAAUCUCGUCACACACCAUGAGACCUGGAGUCAGGUUUAUGGCCUUCUUCACAGCUCUGUGAACUGUUUUUUUCUGGUUCAUGAUCAAGUUCAGCGAAGGCUUUGAUCAGGAGAGCCACACACAGCCCAUUUGCGGACCCAUUUGUGGCCAGGCUUGUGUCUCUGUUCGUGUCUGGACUGCUUCCUUUAGCUCUCAGAUUCUCUGGACUGGGGUCAGAACACAGUCCAUGACCAGCUCUUGGCGAGGUUUAAACGCUUGCUGUCUCUGAUCUGAGCAUGUGUCACUGGCUAUCUAUGCUGCUCAUCCUGUGUGGGAGUUCUGGUGCCUCUUAAUAUCUUACACGUCAAAUCUUUACACAUCAUAUGUUUCUUUAGAGAUGGAGUGAUUGUGUCAGCUUCCACUGUGCUGAAGUGCAUUUCACUCUGAGCAGAAGUUUAACUCUGCUCCGCUUUCCUUACAGCACCUGAAGGGAUUGUGUGUUGGUCAGUGGAUUGUACGCCAACUGUAUUACUUGCUGCUGUUUCUCAAAUCUAACUUGAUCUCUUUCAGUAAGGCUGCAAUAUGAACUCGACCUGCCUCAAAUGGAUAUUUGCCCUAAAAUGAAAAUUCUGUCAUCAUUUACUCACUCCAAGUCCAAACCUGAAGUUUCUUUAUUUUGUUGAACACAAAACUGGUACAUUUUAGGUAACUGAAUGUUUGCAUUCUUUUGAAUUUACUAAAUGUGUUUCUUUUAAUUUAACUUAAAUGUAACUGGAAUCAGGAUUUCAGUUUCCCAUCAUGCUUUGCCAUGGCACUCGAAAAGAAGAGUAAAGGCUACAAUUAGGUCCAUAUAUAAAUAUAAUGCAAAGUGGAAGAUGUAGUAAAGCUUAAUGUUGCUAUGUUGCUAAUUUAGAGGCGUGGUGACGAGUGGAGCAUGAGCUUAGUUUGAGAACACUUCAUACUAAUGCAAUUAAUGCAAAGGUUGUAAAAUAGUAAAGUAUAUUUGCUGUUAAUAAGUUGUUAACAAAGCAUUAUCUGACUCUUUUCAUAUGAGCUAAUUAAACAAUAACAAUUUGUUAAUUACAGUGAAAAUGAAUAAAGAACUCACUAGUUGUAUCGAGUCUAUUUAUGCAUUAACUACAGUUUAUAAACUAUGAAUUAAAUAUAAAGUAAUGUUUUGCAAGUGAUUUGUAUACUAUGGAAGUCAAUGGCCACCAGCAAUUGUUUGGUUACCAACAUUAUUUAAAAAAUCGUAUUUUGUGUUAAACAGAAGAAAGACAUUUAGACAGGGUUAGUAAGUGAUAAAAAAUGUUCAUUUUUGGGUCAACUAUCACUUUAAGGAAACAGAAAAGUAUGUAAAUAGAAAAAAAAGACAUUCAUACAGCUUUUGAUUCAUUUUGUCUCAGUAUUUUUUUUAUUUAUUUUUUUUAUUUUUUGUAAAGCAUUCCAUCAUAACACAUAGUUCAGUUUAUGUGAUUUUAGUUCAUGGAGGAUUUAUCUAUGUGUUGUAUCUACUUCAUCUGAAUUUAGUUAAUACAUUUUUUAAGUAAAUUGGAAAAUUGGGGAAAAAAGUUUCAUGAAAAAAAUCACAUACUUUUUAUUAUGUCAUCAUUAUUUUUAGGACUCAUUUUUCAUUUUAAUACACUACUUUAUUAAUAUAAUAUCAUAAUGUCUAAAGCACCAAAUUAUUAUCAUCAUCUUAAAUAUUGUUGUUGUUGUUCUUUUAUGUUUUAUUUUGGGUUACAAUAAGACCUGGUGAUUCAUCCAUCAAGUGUUCAUUUUAUAUUUAGUAUUAAAUAAUUUCUAGAAAAUGCUGUCAUCUGUUUUUUGUCUGAAUUUGGCAACAUGCUAUCAUUUGUGUAUAAAAAUGUUGGCCACAGUGUAAGCAGCAGCAUCUCGCAGGUAAAACUAAAAUGGUAACGCUUUAUAAUAAGGUCAGCUGUUACUGAUGGAUGGUCCUGGACACACAUCUGUACAAAUUAUGAACUAGGCCUUUUUGAGCAUUAAUGUACAUAUUAAAGCAAAUAUUUUUUUAAGAUGAAAUCCAAAAACUCCAGAGGAAAAUAUGUGAGUGAUGCUGCUUGGUGUAUAUAAAACAUUUGAAAAAUUCUGUACAGCUCUAUGCAUUGCUACUGUAUGUACACAUCUAAUGAAUCCACCAUGUUCUAUCAAUGUCUGUUUAAUGCACUCAAUCAAUAUUAAUUCUUAGGGGGUUUAAGGAUUUGUGAUCUGUCUCUUAGUUAUUUGACAAUUUUAACAUGCAUAUGUUUAAUGCAUUCACAAGAUGAAUGAACUUAGUUAUAACAAAUUAAAACUGCACAUAAUUUUGAGCAGUCUUAUGAAAGUAUAUCUCAAUUAAUAAUAUGAGCUAUUCUACAUUAUUAUCAUCAUCACAUGCAUGUUACAGUCUGUACCUUUCUGUAUUUUUUCAGCUUCAUAAAAACUGAAAAUGUGUGACUUUGUACUGGUCUUAAUGUUAACUGUUUGUACUUUCAUUUUUUAAGACUCGACUGACCUCAUGUUUAAUAGAUUAAUAACUGUUAAGUCUAAUAAACCAAUGUUGUGUAAUGUA